CCGCCAAAACCCAGUAAUUAAGGGCGAAGAUGGGGGCUAUUAUCGUCCCUUCGGGCAGUGUUUCGCAACCAACGUCUCGAUUCGCGACUAGUCCCCAAAUAUUCAUUUUCACUGCAAUUGCUGCUUCUGUAUUCUAGGGUUUCUCCUUUCCCAUUCCCUUCUCCCACUGUUAAACAUCAUCGCACCCAAUGCAGCUCCUUCACUCCGACGAAACCGCGCCCCAACCCUCCGAUAAACCCCAAGACCAUAACACCUCUAGCGAUUCGCUCGACCCCGGAAUCGACGAUUCCCUGGCUCUCGACGUCACCGGAAAGACCGUCGAGUUCCUGGCGGCUGAGAAUGCCGAAGACUCCGUCGAGAGUUUGUACAUGUAUAAGAAUAUCUAUAGCUUGAUUCCCAAGUCCGUAGCUGGCCUCGUGCGGUUGCGAACGUUGAAGUUCUUCGGAAACGAGAUUAACUUGUUCGCCCCCGAGUUUGGGAACUUGACGGCGUUGGAGUGCUUGCAGAUGAAGAUUUCUUCGCCUGGGAUUGGUGGCUUGCACUUGCACGAGCUCAAGGGUUUGAAGGAGCUUGAACUUUCUAAGGGCCCUCCCAGACCUUCUGCUUUUCCCAUUUUGACUGAGAUUUCUGGUCUCAAGUGUUUGACCAAGCUUUCCAUUUGCCAUUUCUCUAUACGAUACCUUCCUCCGGAAAUUGGAUGCUUAAAGAACCUGGAGUAUCUUGAUCUUUCAUUCAAUAAAAUGAAGACAUUGCCUUCGGAGAUUAGUUAUUUGAAUGGCUUAAUAUCCAUGAAGGUUGCGAAUAACAAGUUGGUGGAACUACCGUCGGCUAUGUCCUCUCUGUCAAGGCUGGAGAGUUUGGACCUGUCAAAUAAUAGGUUGACUUCAUUAGGAUCCCUUGAACUUGCCUCCAUGCAUAGACUUCAGAACUUAAAUCUUCAGUACAACAAGCUGCUUGGAAUGUUUCAAGUUCCUUCAUGGAUAUGCUGUAGUAUGGAGGGAAAUGAUGGAGCUAGAUGCAAAGAUGACUGCGGCAGUUCUUCUGUUGAAAUGGAUGUCUAUGAAAGUAGCUUUCAGGAAAAUGGUGAAGCCGUUUCUCAUGGCCCUCAUAACACCUCAUCAAGCAUAUUAACAAGCUCCUCAUGUAGCAGUAGAUGUUUUGCAGCUCGGAAGUCAGGUAAACGGUGGAAACGGCGACAUUAUUUACAGCAGAAAGCUCGUCAAGAACGUUUGAACAACAGUAGGAAGUGGAAAGGUGUAGAUCAUGACCAGUUAUUGAGCAAGAGGGUUCACAGAAUUUCAGAACCAGGAAAUCUUGAUGGUCUUGCUUCUGAAGGUUGUGCAAAAUCUGUAUCAGAUAAUGGGGGCCUUGAUGAUAGUCGGAAAAGAAUAUUUUCUGAACAAGCAGUAAAUAAUAAUGUAAUUGAUAAUGUUGACAAUGAUGAAGUAAUUAUUGAAAAGCACUUUUCUAGUGAAGAUUGCUGCACUGCUGAAUGCGAGGAUGAAAAAGAUUCAUCCUUAUGCACCUUAGAGAAUGGACAAAGUGAACGAGAUGAAACAUCUUGUUCAGAAUUUUUGCAGUGUAUUUCCAAAUCAAAGAGACAUUCGGAUCAGGAUAUUGAUAAUCCUAAACCAUGCAAGUGUAGAAAAUCACUUGGUGAUAGCUCAUUGUCUUGCAAGUUUAGCAAGAUCUCAUUGUGCGGUGUUGAGGACCAUUUAUCAGAUGGCUUUUAUGAUGCAGGACGUGAUCGGCCAUUUAUGCCCCUUGAGAGUUAUGAGCAAAAUCAGUGUCUUGCUUCUCGUGAAGUUAUCCUUUUAGACAGAAAAAGGGAUGAAGAGUUUGAUGCUGUUAUACUAGCUGCUCAGGCAUUGGUCUAUAAUUUAAAGCAGUUAUAUGGUGUAAGCAGACCUGGGAACCAGGCUAUGGUUGAUAACUUGCAGAUAGCUUCACUUCUUGCACUCUUUGUAUCAGAUCAUUUCGGUGGCAGUGAUAGAGGUGCUAUUGUUGAGAGGACACGAAAAUCUGUGUCUGGUUCAAACUAUACUAAGCCUUUUGUCUGUACAUGUUCGGCUGGAAGCAGCACGGGUAUAAGUUCUUCCACCAAACCAAGUGUAAAUGCUGUAGAAGAUAUCACUCUUUCUAGGAUCUCUGAGAAAUCUCUUGAUUCUAUCAAGAAAAGGCAAAAUUCAAUCAUAGUUCCAAUUGGUUCUGUGCAGUAUGGUGUAUGUAGACAUAGAGCUCUGCUUUUUAAGUAUUUAUGUGAUCACAUGGAGCCGCCAGUACCUUGUGAGCUUGUGAGGGGCUACUUGGAUUUUUCACCACAUGCCUGGAAUGUCAUUCUGAUUAAGAGGGGUAGUUCAUGGGUUCGGAUGCUGAUUGAUGCGUGUCGGCCUCAUGAUAUAAGAGAAGAGAAAGAUCCUGAAUACUGUUGCAGGUAUAUACCUCUUAGUCGAACCAAAAUCCCCCUUUCAUCUGGAGGAAGUCCAGGUCCUGAUUAUUCCUUUCCAUCUUUCUCUACUGGCGAUGAACUCGAGAAAAAAGCUUCAACUACUUUAGUUAAAUGCAAAUUUGGAUCCGUUGAGGCUGCAGCAAAGGUGCGUACUUUGGAAGUGCAGGGGAGUUCAGCUGACAAAAUUAAAAAUUUUGAAUAUAAUUGUUUGGGAGAAGUUAGAAUUCUUGGUGCUUUAAAACACCCCUGCAUAGUCGAAAUGUAUGGACACCAAAUAUCGUGUCAAUGGUCUAUCUCAGCUGAUGGUAAUCCUGAGCAUCAUGUACUAAAAUCUGCAAUUUUUAUGGAGUAUGUGGAAGGGGGCUCGUUAAAAAACUAUUUGGAGAAGCUGUCGGAAGCUGGAGAAAAGCAUGUUCCUGUGGAGUUGGCUUUAUAUAUUGCCAGAGAUGUCUCAUCUGCUUUGUCAGAGCUGCACUUGAAGCACAUAAUUCAUCGUGACAUAAAAAGUGAAAACAUUCUGUUUGAUUUGGUUAGGAAGAGAGACAAUGGAGCUCCCACUGUGAAGCUCUGUGAUUUUGAUAGUGCAGUGCCACUAAGAGCAACUUUGCAUGCGUGCUGUAUUGGUCAUUUGGGGACACCUCCUCCUUGUGUAUGUGUUGGAACUCCUCGGUGGAUGGCUCCAGAAGUUAUGCGGACUAUGUAUGAAAAAAACACUUAUGGUUUGGAAGCUGAUAUUUGGUCGUUUGGAUGUUUACUUUUGGAGAUGUUGUCUCUGCAAAUUCCAUAUUCUGGAAUGCCUGAUUCCCAUUUCCUUGAUAGUCUGCAGAUGGGCAAACGACCACGGUUAACUGAAGAGCUGGAGGUAUUGAGUUCAAUGAAUGAACCCAGGAUGAUCCAAUCCGGUGAAGAGCUGGAAAAAUCAGAUGCUGAGUUAGACACAUUGAAAUUUCUUGUUAAUUUGUUUCAUAGGUGUGUGGAAGACAAUCCAAGCGAACGUCCUACAGCUGAAGAAAUCCAUAAAAUGCUGCUUGCACACACUGGUCGCUUACAAGUUCAAGAGGUUAGGAAAAUCUAGGUAGGUUAUUGGGGGGGCCCUGUCGUGGCGCAAUAUAUUUAUUAUCAGAACCAUAUAGAUUCAUUGUUUUCUUCGCAAAUGUGUUACGGCUUAUCUAAGAAAAAUUGUUUGUACUACUAUGUCCAAGUCUGCAAUGAGUUGUAUCUUUUAUUCAUUUUCAAAGGGUUACAUCCAUGCGGCUCUAUAUAAUCUGAUUGAGAUCUGUAUUUUAUAGCUAGAUCUCUUUCAGGUGGUAAAUGUUGAGACGUACAUGAGUUCAACCAUUCAGCAAGUGUAUCUGUUAAUUUAUUGAUGCCUUUGAAUUGAAUCGUGUCUUAUAGGAGCGUACCAAAAAUUGGUACUAUCAAGCAGGGCGGGGUUCUUUUUUUGUCUUGAAUUAAUUUGAUGAAUACGAGAAUGUAUAAUUGCUUUAUUUAUAUUGGCUGUUUUC